GGCAGCGGCUCCCGCACCGUCACUCCUGGCGCCCCUCCUUCUUUUCCACUCUGGAUGCGCGUCCGCUGCGCUCGCCUCCGGCCACGCCCGCAGCCCGGGUCCCCGCCCCCAGCCCUGGCCAGAGCUGCGGCCAAGGGACCACUGCGCGCAGUCGCGCUCCGGCCGGCCCGCCUCCCUGCCGCCGCCGCCGCCGCCGCCGGCGCAGCGCGCGCCCCGACGCCUGUCCCUGCGUGUCUUGGCGCGCGCGCGCCGGGCCCUGGCGGCGGCGACCGGUCCUCCACGCGCGUCCUCACGGAAGCGCAGCUAUGCGCGUGCGCCUGUGCUCGCCCUCCAAAGUAGAAAGGAGGCAGCUAGUGGUUGGCCGGGAGGGGAGACGGGGGCAGUCCCCGGAAAUAAUCUCUAUCCUCAGUCACCCGGAAUUGGCGAGGUAUCCUCUGCGGUGGAGAGACCUGAAAUGGCCAAAUAUCAGGGUGAAGUUCAAAGUUUGAAACUGGAUGAUGAUUCAGUCAUAGAAGGAGUAAGUGACCAAGUACUUGUGGCAGUUGUGGUCAGUUUCGCUUUGAUUGCUACCCUGGUAUAUGCACUUUUCAGAAAUGCACAUCAAAACAUUCACCCAGAAAACCAAGAACUAAUAAGAGUGCUUCGGGAACAACUUCAAACAGAACAGGAUGCCCCUGCUGCUGCUCGACAGCAGUUUUACACCGACAUGCACUGUCCAAUCUGUUUACAUCAAGCCUCCUGCCCUGUGGAGACAAACUGUGGACAUCUCUUCUGCGGUACCUGCAUUAUUGCGUACUGGCGAUAUGGUUCAUGGCUUGGGGCCAUCAGUUGUCCAAUCUGUAGACAAACGGUAACUUUACUGCUACCAGUAUUUAGUGACCAUGACCAGUCUCAGGAUGUUGUAUCGUUGCAUCAAGAUAUUAAUGAUUAUAACCGGAGAUUCUCAGGGCAGCCCAGAUCUAUUAUGGAAAGAAUUAUGGAUCUACCCACUUUACUGAGGCAUGCAUUCAGGGAAAUGUUUUCAGUCGGUGGCCUUUUCUGGAUGUUCCGUAUCAGGAUAAUACUUUGUUUAAUGGGAGCUUUUUUCUAUCUUAUAUCACCUCUAGAUUUUGUACCUGAAGCCUUGUUUGGAAUUCUGGGCUUUUUAGAUGAUUUCUUUGUCAUUUUUUUGUUGCUUAUCUACAUCUCUAUUAUGUAUCGAGAAGUGAUAACACAGAGACUAAACAGGUGAAAAAAGUUUACUGAAAUAUGAGCUAAUGUGUACAAUCAAACAAAAGGAGUCAUGGUAUCAUACAGCGUUAGAAUAUUAUCUUACAAACUGAAGACUGCUGUAUGACAGACAUUUGAUUAUUAUUUGGCAAAUACCUAGCAAUAUAUGACUGGAAUUUUUACAUGUUGCAGGUUCUGAUAUUAAGGUUAGAAUUAUAAUAAUUUACAACUUUGUCUUGAUUGUGUUGUUUGUAAAGUCUCUGGGGAAAAAACAUGAAAUUAUAUAAAAAGGGAUGCUUUCAUAUCUUUCUUUUCCCCCAAAUUACUCAGAUUAAUGGGAUGUAUAGUAAGAUAGUAUUAAAUGUACACUUUACCCAUGUUUCCUUCUCAGUGAGCACCUGUAGGAUAAUAUAUUGCAAUGAGACUCAUCUAAAUAUUUUUGUUAAAUAAAAUACUACACAGUAUCAGGGGAAAAGUGGGUUUUUUUAGUACUAAGUUUUGUGCAUUUGGAGCAGUUCUGCUCUUCUAUUCUGAUAUAAGUCUUUGUUAUUAGCUGAAAGUGAACAAAGAACCUUGAACUUUAUCAUUUGAUUUCACAUUCUGGUUUACAGAACACUGGGAGAGUUAACAAGGUGUAAGACAUUUAUGUCCAGCCAGCAUACUUAUGUUCUCAGUAUGGCAUGUAAACCAGAGUUUGGUCCUUUCAUAGGAACAGUGUAUUCAAGUAACUUGUAAAAGGAAUGUUUUUUCAGAAACCUGGGCAAUACUGUAAACAAAUAGUAGUUUGAUGCAUUUCUGAGAAAAGUGGUUUUUCAUGGCUUGAGCAUCAAAGAGGGUACUAGGAGAGUACUAGGAAGAUUUUAAGUUUGACAAGAGGAAUUAUGGUGAACUAGAGUAACAGAAUGGACAACUCUGGUUCGUUUUCUCUUGACAGAAAACUUGUAAUGCUGUCCCUAGAUGGUGCAGAAUGAGCAAAUGUCAGACGUGAUUCAAUAGGAAGGUUACAUUGGUUUCUUUUUUUAACUGCUACUGUGUAACGCUCUCUUCUGCAGUUUUGUUUGAAAAGAACCAAAACCACAAGUAUUACGAAAUCCCAGUUCCCUCAGCUGGCACUACUCAUUAGCAAACUGGACAGCAGGAGGUUGUUGAUGCCCAGGGCUGCUAGCUCUGUCACCUGAUAGUCAUAUUGUCUAUUCACACGCUAGUGAGCCUCCCUAUGUAUAGACAGGCCAA